AUGGGGGAGAAAGGUUGUUCCACACGGGCGCAUUGUAGCGACAGUUGCUGUAGUCAUAGCAGUAACAGUGAUGGCUGGUGUGAGUGUCACGCCGCGCUUCCCCCGUCACGUCCCCCUCUACUUGACUGCAUUUCCGUCUAUGAGACGCCGUCACUAUGCUACGUCGUUGGCGCCGACGCGGCCCAAAAGGAAUACCGCGUACUGCGCUUUACAAAGUCUAACAGUGACGUUUUAAAGUACAGCGGCAUGGGCACGCACACUCCUGCCCAAGCUCAGGCGUUUAUUGGGCGUGUGACCAAGGACAAAAGCACAACCGUGCUACAGGGCAAAGCUCUGCUGGGCUGCAUCCGGUUUACUAAGGGUUAUUACCUUAUUUUGGUGACGCAGCGGCGCUGUGUGGCGCGGUUGGGGUAUCACCGCAUUUUUGAGGUCGCUGACGUGGAGCUGGUGUCACUCUGCAUCGUGGAGCCGAUGUCGACAUUGCUGACGGCGGCAAGCGGCUCAGCCUUUUUGGGGUCUCGCACCACGGAGGAUUAUUAUCGAAGUCAGUUCUUGUCCACCUCACUCAAGCAACACUUCUACUACUCUCACACCUACGACCUCACAAACACGCUGCAGACGAACAUGACACUCCUGUGUGGCGAACGCAGAGUGCGUUCCAAAUUUGUUUGGAAUGAAUUUCUUCUGGAACCGUUCUUUUUUUCAGCCACCGCGCGUCACGCGUCAUCGCUCUCUGCGGAGGAGGAGGAGGCACGGUGGACCUCAGCGGAUGUGGAACAGUGGAUUGUAUACCUGACACACGGUUCCAUCGUACAGUGCCCUGUCGGAUGCGGCUCAAAGCCGCUUCUUUUGACGCUCAUUGGGCGUGUCAGCAAAAACUUUGCGGGGGUGCGCUAUUUGCGCCGUGGGGUUGACAGCGAUGGCCACGCCGCAAAUCACGUGGAGGUGGAGCAGAUUGUCGUGGAUGAGUCGCAGUUGCAUACACACUUCACCAGAGGUAGCUUCACUUCAUAUGUGCAGGUACGGGGCUCAGUUCCGCUGCAUUGGUUUCAUCCCCCCACGCAGUUGCCCAAACCGCCCAUCAAGCUGGGAGUGAGAGAUAUCUACUACGCCAACACACGAAAGCACUUUCAAGAGCUAUUGGAGGACUACGGGGCACCAGUAAUCAUAAUGAACCUGCUCCAGCAACGCGAGAAGCGGCCCCGAGAAAGUAUUUUGGGCCAGGAAUUUCGAAGGGCCGUUAUGACAUUGAAGGGCUUUGUAGGCGCUGGCGCAGAAGCCGAGGAGGCAGAUGAAAUUCUUUCGUACCUUGAAUUUGACAUCCGUGAGUCGGCUCAUGCGGCGUGGAAUAACGUCACGGCCUUGGCGGAAGGAGCACUAGAGAAGACAGGGUUCUUUGUUUGUAAUCGUGAGGGCACACGUGUACGGCGUCAGGAAGGUGUCAUACGUUCUAACUGCGUGGAUUGCGUUGACCGAACGAAUCUUGCACAGUUUUUCUUUGGGUUGCAUGCAUUGGGGCAUCAACUGCACGCCUUGGGCCUACUUCACUCCCCAGUGGACCUUGCGUUGUCACCAGGGGUGCAAGACUUGCUGCUUCGCAUGUAUCUCCUUCUAGGGGACGCUAUUGCGGUCCAGUACGGUGGUUCCCCUCAGGUAGGUGCCGGUGUGCUGAACCGAGGCACUGGAUGGGAUCAACUGAUGGGCAUUAAGCGACUUUACAACAACAUGGUUGGUGACCGUGAGAAGCAGUCCGCGCUGAACCUGUUUUUGGGACGGCAUCGGCUGUACCCCAGGGCAAAGUUUAGUGCACCCAACCCCACGCCACCUAUUCCCGGCGCAGAAGCAGUCGGUGUGGAAGGAGGAAAUGUAGCAGUAAAGACAAGUUAUGGUGUGGGUGAUGGAGAGAGCUGCAGUAGGGAGUUGGGGCCCCCAGCUGCGAGGGGGGAGGUGCAGCUCAUGAGCUUUGAGUACCGAGCCGGCCGUGUGGUGGACCCCGCGGAGAUGGAGUCAGAUUAUUAUUUGCAGGUCAAGCGCGCCCCACGCUUGCCAAGACCGACGAUGUGA